AUGACAAGCCAAUUGUCGACCGGAAGUAUUCCCACCACUGCUGCCGAAUGGACUAUCAUUCGAGACAAGAUCUUAGCAACAGCGCGAUCCCCAUAUACUCCCAGAGAUAAGCGGGUACUAUGGUGUCAGGGUAUCAUUGUGUGUCUGAGUGGAUUUCUAUACCUUGCCGCCUUAAUGCGCCGGGCAAGCGAAAGUGGCCUGUGGUGCUUCAAAAAAGACGUUGAUGGAUAUUGGCGCCCAAAUGUACAUGUUGCAAUACCGCUUGUCACUAUCAUAUAUGCUGCUACUCAAUCUACUGCAAUCGGGCUCAUACUCAUCGGUCCGCUUACCGAUGGUAAAGGUGAACGAGUGGUGGCAUUAAAUUUGGUCGCAUGCAGCACGUUGUAUUUCGGUGGUUGGACAAAAACUUGGGCUGUUUUAUAUGCACUGCCCUCCUCCAUCUUUCGUCUUCGUCGGCGAGAUGUAUUGGGAUCCACUGCACGCAUCACCCGUCGCCGAGUUUUGCCUCCAAAGGUCUUCAACUCGCUGAUCUUGAUAGGCUAUCUGACCGGUCUCCUUCCUGUUCCUUGGUUGUGCUUCACGGUUUAUUGGGUCCAGAUCAUCCACCGUCGCCUUGAAGCCUUUGAACUGAUCGUCAACGACUUGAUCGGACAUCUGUCUGCUAUCCCGCAAGAUAUGGGUACAAGCCUUCUAUUGGCUGUGAAAACUGGGCGCGAGCUUCUUGACUUGCAAGACUCUGAAAAUCAAACGCUCAACAACCUUCGGAUUUUCUCAGGAAUUUGGUUCCUCGUUUCUUUUACUGCCCUCAUCAUUUUCUUAUCAGCAUCGUUUGCCCUCUUGCUGGCCUUCACACGCCAGAUCGAGAUUCUGGGUAGAAUCCAACGCGAGCGCGAACAGCUUGUCUCAAGCCGAGUGUCAAUUGUCUCCGCUAUUACACCGGGAUCCGCACUUACCACAGACAAGGCCGACUGGCGCAACGAAGGGCAGAAAACUCGAACAAAGCCAUCAAAUCGGAUUUUCGAGCGAAUCUCGGUUUGGCUACCCUCACUUCAGCCAGACGAGGACGACGAUCCCCUUGAUAGAAACUCUAACGAGCCCCGAAGUCCGUUCGAAAGAAGACCCAGUAACCCUGGUAGACAAAUGUGGCUUGCAGGAAACGAAGGAAACCUGAGACAAAAGGUUGCGGCUUUGGACCGAUGGGAUGGAGGUCGUAAGGGCGACGAGUUAGCUAGAAAACAUCGGAAACGCAUGAUUGAAUAUUGCGUGCGCUACACUUGGCAGACUGUUUUCUGUACGCUGAUCGCGACGUCCUACAUCGUUCUCAACAUCUUCGUAGUCUGCAAUGUUCUAGAUGCGCCAAGAUCAAUCAGUCUCAGCCAAUUAUUCCGAACGAUUGAGCAGUGGGCUUCUUGGUCAUGGGGAGGAGGUCCUGGAGCUGUUCUCGGGCUGCUAGCAUGCGUCGUUGCUUUUUCGAGGAAUCCAUCUCUUCCCCGUGAGCCUGAGAGUGGACCUCCGGUUUCUACGGAGAUGAUGAUCGACCAGGAUUCCGAGGACGAUGAGGAACAUGACAGGGUCAAUGGCCUUCCUGAUACAAACGCCCUGACCUUCGAAAAACUUCAAGCCCAUGCCUUGACCGAAAGUUCUCGGUCUCUUCGGACACCUCAUACACAGAAAACUAUGAGCAGCAGGAGUGGUGCCCGCAGUGGAAAGACUUGGCGCAUACCUUUUCCAAAAGCAGAACGGUCGUACUUUUCCAACACCUCCAGAAGCAAGAAUACCAGCGCCAAUUCUGAAAUCAGUACCACACUGAGUCAAGGCUGGUCACCGUAUCAAGUGAGCCUCAACACCGCUUCCCUGGUCACUAGGUCGCCUGCCCGUCAAUGCCCAGUUUCGGACAUCUACCACGUCCAAAAAGGUGGCACAGAGCAGAUCAGAAUUCCGCCAAAAUCCGCCUUCCCGCAUCAAAUCCAAAGGCAGAAUAGCUUUGGACGCACAGUUAUGGAUCAACCAAUUAGACUCUACCCACUUCCUGUCCAGGUACCCCGGUCAGAUGUGCAGGAAGAGUAUAUUUCUCCUCCUUCAAGUCCGGCUUACCAGACCCCGAACUCCCCUCUUGAAAAUCACUUUGAUGCUAUCCACAAACUGAGAAACAAGUAG